GGUGGUUGGCUUCUCGUCUCAAGACUUGUGUUGAGCAGCUCAACUCCCCCGUCUCGUCUGCCAGUGAAGAAUUCAUACCGUGGAAUAAGCAGCAAACAAGUUUUUCUCACAACAACCGCCAUGAAAGAGCUAAGAAAGGUCCUGCCUUUCACUCAGAUAAGAUUCCUUUGCAAGAAAAAGAGACCUGGACGAACAUUCCACAUCACUACGGCCGCUAAUUCCAAAGGCGAAGCUGUCGUCCAGUUCUUUAGCGGUGCUACAGAUGCUUUCCCUGCUUCGUGUGGCUCUUUUGUCAUAAUGAACAAUGACAACUCGAGAUUGGCAAGACUUUGUAAUAAGUGGGGAAAUGAAAGAGGCUCUUACUAUGUGGCUAAAUGGGGUCAUGACGGAAUGGAUAGAGAAAGUCGGCUGUACAAUCUCGUUGCCUUUGUAAGAGCCUCUUAUCACUGGAUGAACGUAGGAGGCAGUUGUGAAUGCGAUGAUUAUAGUAGAAGUGUGUCGUCUGGUGAUUUUUGGAAAGUCUAUGUUCGAUAG